UUCUGCUCUUUGUAAUCCGGUAUCAUCUACCUGCUGUCGGGAGGAAGAGGAAGCAAGACAAGUUGAAAUGGAGCCCAGACAGAAGCUGAUCAACUCUGUGGAUGUCUGUGUGGACGAGGCUCUGUGUGGGCUGGUGAGGGCCAGCGGGGGCCUCUCUCUGAUGGGGGGGGGCCACAGGGUGCUGCUGCGCUCAGACCUGAACCUCCUGAGAGGGAAAGUGGCUCUGCUGUCGGGAGGGGGGUCCGGACACGAGCCUGCACACGGGGGUUUUCUGGGUGAAGGCAUGCUCUCAGCAGCUGUGGCAGGGGGAGUGUUUGCUUCUCCUCCUCCUGCCAGCAUCCUGGCGGCCAUUCUGUGUUUGCACAACGCAGGUGCCUCGGGCGUCCUCCUCAUCGUGAAGAACUACACCGGCGACCGCCUCAACUUCGGAUUGGCUGCUGAGCAGGCCCGUAACCAUGGCGUUGACGUCGACAUGGUGAUAGUUGCCGACGACUGCGCCUUCAACCAACCCAGUAAGGCGGGAAGGAGAGGACUGUGUGGAACCAUCUUCAUACACAAGCUGGCGGGUGCUUUAGCAGAAGAAGGCUGCUCAUUGGUCCAGAUUGUUUCCAAGGUGACGGAGGCUUUGAAGGGGAUCGGGACUCUGGGGGUGAGUCUGUCUCCCUGCAGUGUCCCCGGCUGUCUCCCCUCUUUUGACCUGCCGCCGGGAGACAUGGAGAUUGGGUGGGUGAGGAAAGGGGGAGAGAUGGAGGAGGAGAAAAGGUGGAAAUGGAUUCACGGUGAGCCUGGAAUCAAGAGAUCGAAGGUGGCGUCCGCCGACGAGGUGGUGAAGACCAUGAUAGAUCACAUGACCAACACUGACAGCCAAUCACAUCUGCCGCUCAAGUCAGGCGACAGUGUGGUGGUGUGUGUGAACAACCUCGGAGCGUUGUCCUGUCUGGAGAUGGCUGUUGUUACCAGAGCAACCAUCAUCUGUCUGGAGAGUCGCGGUCUGGUGGUUGCCAGGGUGAUGUCGGGGUCGUUUAUGACAUCACUGGAGAUGGCGGGAGUUUCGCUGAGCGUGAUGACGGUCGACCAGGAAACACUGAGACUGUUUGAUGCUAAGACCAGCGCCCCCGCCUGGCCGAACCUCAGCAGUGUGUGUGUGAGCGGACGCAGCUUCAUCACAGAAGCUCCAGAGAUGAGCCCCCGCCCACAGGACCACACACACUCCGAAGGGCCUCUGAGUCCUGUCAUGCGUAAAGCGCUGGUUAGAGUUUGUACCACACUGUUGGAGAAGCAGGAGGAACUGAAUGCGUUGGACCGUGCUUCCGGGGACGGAGAUUGUGGGAACACUCACGCUCAGGCUGCUAAAGCCAUUCAGGAGUGGCUCCAGGAUCAUGUGGUCCCUGGUUGUCCCGGGCAACUGCUGUCAGUCCUCGCCGGAUUGGUCCAGGAGAAAAUGGGCGGGUCUUCGGGAGCGUUGUACAGUCUGUUCCUGACUGCAGCGGCAGGUCAUGUGACCGAAGGGCAGAGCAACGGUGCAGCCUGGGCUACUGCAAUGCAUGCUGGGACACAGGCCAUGAAGAAGUACGGUGGUGCUGACGUUGGAGACAGAACGAUGUUGGAUGCUUUGUGUCCUGCUGUGGAUGAGCUGAUGAAGCUGAAAACAGCUCCACCCGGUGGACAGGUUGCUGUACUGCAGUCUGCUGUGAAGAAAGCGUCCUUGGGGGCGGAGUCGACCCUUCACCUCACAGCGAUGGCGGGUCGGGCGAGCUACAUCGCGGCGGAGCGAGUCUCGCUGCCCGACCCUGGGGCCGUCGCCGUGGCAACCAUCAUGAGAGCCGUGAUGGAGACCCUGGAAGAGGAGAAGAAGAAGUAAAACAGCAAACAGUAUCAGAGCAGAUGAUCACUAUCACCUGGGUAAUACUCGAGUGUGAGAAAAUACAGUGAUUUGGAGUUCUCUGAAGCACAUUUAAAGCAAAUCUACAUAGCUUUCAUACAGUGAAUGAACAGGAACUUGAGAAAAAGGUACUUUAUAAACAGAACAUCUCGCUUAAAGCAGCUAGCAGUGAUGUAAGAUUAGUACAAAAAACAGUGGUCCUUAACAUUUGCUUAACAAGCUUAGAAAUACUGCAAAUACAAUCAUGUCUAGCAAGUAUUAAAUCAAUUGUAGUAAUAAUGGAUCUGUAUUAAUCCUGGAUUAUUACUUUAUCACUUUCACCAGGCUAAUACUAGCAUUAUGUGAGAAAAUACUGUGAUUUUGAGGCCUCUCAAGCACAUUUAAAGCAUAGCUUAUUACACAGUGAAUGAAAGAUAUAUACAAAUAUUGUAUUGUAUUGUAUUUAAGAUUUAGUAAAGGGUAAAAACAAGAGGAAAAACCUUGGUAUGAUCCUUUAAAAUGUGAUUAACAAGCUCAGAAAUACUGUGUAUACAAUCAAAGUUUAGUAAGACUUAAAUAAUAAUUGUUAUAGUGCAUCUUAAUUAAUAUAUAGAUGACCUUUUUUAACAUAAAAGAUUUGUAUAAGUCAGUCCUUUAUCAUACCUUGUUACUACCAAUAAAAUGCAGAGGGAUAUGUUAACUGUACACCACAUAUUCCCAAUAAAAUAGCAGAUUAUUAAGUGAAGAAAUCCUCUCAAAAAAACUUUAAAAAAUAACACCAGUUCCUACAUUUCCCGAGAUGCAACUUGAUAAUAUGUAGUUUGUUGUCUAUCUUCAUGAUAAACGUGUGUAAAAUAGUAAAAAAAGUCAAAUAUUAUUACAUUUAUUAUCAUGUUUUGUAAUCUCUGUUUAGCAAAUGCUGUUCAUGGAAUUUAAAUGCACUUUCUUAAAACAACAGUGUUAAUUAUAAUGAAUAAAAUAACUAUUAAACUGUAAAUAAUAAAAAGUAAAUAAACAA